AUGGACACCCCAACAACGUCCCCUACAACGCGCCCCAGCUUGGCAGACAUCUCUCUCCACACCUUGUACAAGCUCCUCGAGCCCAUAACGGUGCCUGCCGGUCAACCUCGAGCCAGUUUCAUCAACUGGGGACUCAGCUUCAGAUGCUCUCCUUUGGCCGUGUUCGAACCUGAGAACGAGUACCAAUGCGAACUCAUCUUCGAGCUCGUCAGGCGGGAAGGUAAGACGGUGCGUGCCGCAGGCAUCGGCCACAGUCCGAGCGACCUUGCAUGCACGGCGGACUAUAUGCUGCGAACCGAGAAGUUAAACAAGAUCAUCGAGAUCAAUACCGAGAAGAAUUAUGUCGUUGCCCAGGGUGGCAUCAUCCUCCAGUCCCUGCACGAUGCCCUGGAGGCGCACAACUUAGCCAUGAUCAAUCUCGGUUCGAUAUCGGACCAAAGUCUUGCGGGCGUAGUCACAACCGCGACCCAUGGUUCCGGCAUGUCUUACAAAGUCCUCUCGACACAUGUCCUGUCAUUGGUCCUCCUCCUCGCAGACGGGUCGCGUGUUCUAUGCUCCCACCAGGAGCGCCCCGACCUGUUCACGGCAUCGCUCUGCGGCCUGGGAAGCACUGGGCUCAUCCUAGAGAUCCGGCUAGAAGUUGAGCGCGCCUUCCGCUUGAAGGAGGUGCAGGAGAUGCGCGCGUUCGACGAGGUCGUGUCGGACGUCGAUGCUAUUGCCACGGCAGCGGAGCACGUACGCCUCUGGUGGUUCCCCCAGGCGGGCGUCGUACGAGUGUGCUCUGCGAAUAGAACAUCAGAGGCGAAGAGGCCUGUCGCUACCUGGCUGUGGCAUUCGAUAAUUGGAUACCAUCUGCUGCAAUUUCUGUUCUUCCUUGGGCGGUACAUCACGUCACUGAAUCCGUGGAUCGGCCGAUUUGGUGCUUGGCUCGUCCGCGAUAACGCAGUCGCCAUCGACGACAGCUACCGCAUCUUCAAUGUUGAUUGCAAGUUCCCGCAAUUCACAACGGAGUGGGCGAUUCCAUACGAGAAUACGCGUGCGUGCCUUCGGGAGUUGCGAGCAUGGCUGGACGAGGAGCAUGCAGACCCGCAUGGGCAGAGGCCUCAUUUCCCUCUGGAGAUCCGAUUCAGUGAUUCUGAUGACAUCUGGCUGAGCCCGAGCAGCGGCACCAAAACCUGCUGGGUAGGCAUAGUUCAGUACAAACCUUAUGGUCUCAAUGUUCCGUAUAGGAAGUUAUUCGCGCGCUUCGAAGAGAUCAUGACGCGCCAUGGGGGCAGACCACAUUGGGCCAAGGCCCACGAUCUCCGCCCUGAUGAUCUCCGCAGGCUCUACCCGCGCUUCGACGACUUCGUCAAAGUGCUCGAGGAAGUGGACCCCCGUGGAAUGCUGCGCAACGCGUAUGUGCAGCGUCAUAUCUUCGGAAAGGAGGGCCCCGAGUACGAUGGAAGGGUCUUCAAACAACAACAUCUUUGA